AUUGAGACAGGCUUUCUUAGCUGAGACACCAAGAGGUGGUUAAGAAAAACAGCAACAAAGCCCUUCCUUAGGUUUUAAGGAUCUUGAAAUUUUACUGGUGAUACUGGACAUUGUGGAACAGCAAUCAUGACCGUGGGGAAGAGUAGCAAGAUGCUGCAGCACAUUGACUAUAGAAUGAGAUGUAUCCUGCAAGAUGGCCGGAUCUUCAUUGGCACCUUUAAGGCUUUUGACAAACAUAUGAAUUUGAUUCUCUGUGAUUGUGAUGAAUUCAGGAAGAUCAAGCCAAAGAAUGCAAAACAGCCAGAACGUGAAGAAAAACGUGUUCUGGGCUUGGUCUUGCUGCGUGGGGAGAACUUGGUAUCCAUGACUGUGGAAGGGCCACCACCUAAAGAUACUGGCAUUGCUCGGGUCCCACUUGCUGGUGCUGCAGGAGGUCCUGGAGUUGGGAGGGCAGCUGGAAGAGGAGUACCAGCUGGUGUACCUAUUCCUCAGGCUCCCGCUGGAUUAGCAGGACCUGUCCGAGGAGUUGGAGGUCCAUCACAGCAGGUAAUGACUCCACAGGGAAGAGGCACUGUAGCAGCUGCUGCUGUUGCUGCUACUGCCAGCAUUGCUGGAGCCCCAACCCAGUACCCACCAGGACGGGGGACUCCACCUCCACCUGUAGGAAGAGCAACCCCACCUCCAGGAAUUAUGGCUCCUCCACCUGGUAUGAGACCACCCAUGGGACCACCAAUUGGCCUUCCUCCUACCCGAGGGACACCAAUAGGCAUGCCCCCACCAGGAAUGAGACCCCCUCCACCAGGAAUUAGAGGUCCACCUCCCCCAGGAAUGCGUCCACCAAGACCCUAGAUGUUGUUGAUAAAUACCAGCUUUCCCAGCAAAUGCUUCUUGUGAAAUUGUGUAGCUUAUGUGUUUUGGCCCUCUCUUUCUGCAUUAAUUAUAGCUAUUAAUAAAUGCAUAGAGCAAAUAGA